AUGAAUUCGACGCGUCCCUUCACUCGCACAGCCCAGAAGACCUUUCGCAAGCCCCUCGACUUCCUCAACAACCUCUCGCGCAGCGCUGGACAGCCCUCGCGAAGCAGCAACAAGAAAAGCGACAGCUACACGGGCCGUCGCCAAAACAGCCAAAGUUCGCUCGACGAUACAGACCACUCGGACGUGGAGCAGUACGCGCACAUGGAGAGCUCGAGACGGAGCCAUUCGACGCAGAACUCGCAGUCGGAGCUGCAGCCUGCGUUCCCGCUCAUCGAUAUUGGAAGUCGCAGUACGAGCCCGUAUCCGCGAAUCCGGAGCGCGGCGCAGAGCGAGGAUGAGGACGACGAAUAUGGACCGGGGAGCAGUAUACGUCCGCUGGUGAGCCACAGCGCGGGGAGAGGAGGCCGUUGGAGAGGCUUCUGGAGACAGGGUGGCCCCGGUGCCUUUUUCUUUGGGACCUGGAUAGGAUGGCAGAUCUGGGUGGGCUUAUUGGUCUUCUGGGUUGGUGGCUGUCAAUUUGGACUGCUGCUCAUGAACCGCUUUAUUAUGCUGACGGGCAUCUACAAAUUCCCCUUCCCGCUCACCGAGACGUACAUUCAACUCCUGAUCACCCACCUUCUGCUUAUCAUUGGCUCGAGUCUCAUGCGAUUCCUCAGCAACGUCCUCCACUUUGUCGGAUUCGGCGCCGCUGUACCGCCGUCGCAUCCAGCCGCGCCGCAAGGAGGAGCAUAUAGAGGCUCGAGGAAGCCUGGCAUAUCUGCUUUUGUACGCUGGCUGUCCAACGGCUCAGGGGGCAUUGCAGGAGGGGGCCUGUUCGAGUUUGACUGGCAUGUUGCUAAGCAGGUACUCCCCUUGGCCGUGGUCUUCGUCGUCAAGGUGCUGCUUAGCAACUUUUCUUUUGCCUACGCGCCCCUUCCGACGUACCAGCUCGCCCGCAUCGGCAUCACCCCGCUUGCCAUCAUCUUCUCGUGCAUCAUGCAGAAAGAGAACUUCAGCGGCAGCACGCUGUCGGCUGCUCUCAUCGCAACGUUGAACCUCUUCUUCGCAUCCUACCGCUCCGAUGCCCGCGUAACCUGGGAGUCGGUCGUGGCAGGCGUCUUUUCGUCGCUUUUCGUUGCGCUAUACCCUAUACUCCUCCUCCAUACCAACCGCACUCUCGUGGCAGGCCUCGUCCCCCAAGGCGAUGUGCUUACAGGCUACCCCUCAAGCGCUGAGGAAGCCAGCAACAGAGAAGAAACGCGGGCUUACUACCGAACACUACACUACACGUCCCUCCUCUCGCUCAUGCUCCUAACACCCAUUGUCCUCAUCUCUGGGCAGGUCACGCAUAUAUACCACAACAUACCCUUCCUCGAUGUGCCCUUCUUCUGGGCCAUGAUGCUGUUUGGCGGCAUGGGAUCAUGGGCCGUGUUUGCAGGCACGUUGCUGCUUGUCAAAUCGACGUCUCCUUUGACGGCGACGUUUGUUGCGGUGCCGAGGAGCGCCUUUCAACUUGCCGUUAUCAAUCUUUUCAAGAUCCCCGCGCAGAGCUGGGCUGGGGUGGUGCUGUGCUGGCUGAGUAGUCUGUGGUUCCUGGUGGCGCGGCGAGACGAAGGGAGGAGCCAGAACCGGUUGAGGCUGGAGGGCCGCUGA